CCAGUUUCUUGUUGUCUAGAGAAGAUCCAUCUGAACGUCAUGUUCCUGAGAGCACUUCUCCUUCUUCUUGGCGUGGUCGUAUCGACCCAAGGGUAUGGCUAUCUGGAACUGCCUACAAGAGAGACUAACCAGUUCGGAACGGAGUUGGUCUACUGUAAAUAUCAGAACGUCUCGAUGCUCCCUGAUUCCAUAUGGAAAACAACAGACUGUGAGCAGUGUGAAUGUACCAGAAGCGGAAUGUUCUGCGAGGGAUUUGGGUUCAACGCGGGUCUGUUUGGGGCACCGGAAGGAUGUGUUGUCGCCAAUGAUGCAUGCGACAUUAGGCUGGUAGAUGCUGCCGAUCACACCAAGGACUGCAAACCUUUCAAGCUGGGGCCUCCGCCUAAUCUUUUCGGACCUCCGCCCGGCAUUGAUAUUCCGCAAGGCGUGGAACCUUUGAUGUAACUCAGACACAAAUAAACAUGUCAUUAAACGUCA